AUGGAUUUGGAGUCUAACUCGCUUACCCACAACUUGAAACCGCCGUUGGAGAAUGAACAGGAUGUUCAAGAUGCGACCGAUCUCGCAGGCAUGGGUCAUGCCCAGGCGCUGACCCGCAAAUUCGAUAUAUGGAGCAUGUUGGCUCUGGCAUUCUGUGUUCUCGGAACCUACUCAACUUUCGCCCAGGAUCUUAGCAGUGGUCUAACCAAUGGAGGUCCCAUCACUAUUCUCUGGGGUUUGGUGCUGGUCACCGCCUGUAACAUGUGUGUCGCCUUGUCUCUAGGCGAAUUGACCAGCAGUAUGCCUACAGCGCUUGGUCAAGCAUACUGGGUCUAUCGACUCUGGAACACACCCCUCGGCCGAUACGUCUCGUACAUGUGUGCGUGGAUCAAUACCUUCGGCUGGUGGACAUUGACCGCGUCCCAAGUCGCAUUUAUGACCGAAUUCUUGCUCGGCAUGAAGACCAUGUUCGUACCUGACUGGAAUGGAGUCAACGAAGGCUGGCUAAACUUCGUGGUCUACAUCGGUGUGGUCUUUCUGCUCACCCUUAUCAACGUUGUUAGCUGCCGCAAGGAACAGAUAUUGCCUUGGUUCAACAACUUCGUUGGUGUGUGGUUUGGAGGACUGUUUAUUGUUCUGUCGCUUGCCAUGCUCAUCUCGGUUGGCGUCAAGAGUGACUUAUCCUUCCAACCGGCCUCGUUUGUUUUUGGAAAGUGGAUGAACGAGACAGGCUGGAGUGAUGGUGUCGUUUGGUUCACCGGCCUUGUCCAGGCUGCGUAUGGUUUGACUGCAUUUGACUCAGUCAUUCACAUGGUCGAAGAAAUCCCCGAUCCUCGCCGUAACGCUCCCCGUGUGAUCUGGAUGGCCGUUCUCUUUGGCGCGAUCACCGGUUUUAUCUUCAUGGUGGUCUGUUUGGGCUGUAUCCAGAGCGUGACGAAUGUCACCAACGCGAACCUCCCAUUCAUGGAGCUCUUGAUCGAGACCAUUGGUGUGAAAGGUGGUGCUGUUUUGAUCGCCCUUUUUAUCUUCAACGGAUUGGGCCAAGGUGUCAGUGUGUUGACCACCGCAUCCCGUUUGACUUGGGGCUUUGCCCGUGACGGUGGACUUCCAUGGAGCCGCUAUUUCAGCCAUGUGGACCCCGUCUGGCAGGUCCCCGCCCGAUCGCUGUGGGGCCAAGGCGUUGUAAUCGGCAUCGUUGGUGUGCUGUAUUUGUUCGCUAAUACCGUGCUCGAAGCUAUUCUGAGUGUCAGUACCAUCGCUCUGACCGUUUCAUACGCAAUGCCCAUUCUUGCCUUGCUGGUUGUUGGCCGUGACAAAUUGCCUGCGGGUGGUUCCUUCAAGCUUGGUCGCUGGGGCCCCUGGUUGAACUGGGUGAGUAUUGUGUACUGUGUUAUUACCACGAUUUUCUUCCUCUUCCCUGGUUCUCCAAACCCCUCACCAAGCGAGAUGAACUAUGCGAUUGCUGUAUUUGGAGUCAUGCUUGUUAUUGCGAUCGCCUUUUGGUUCAUUCAGGGUAGCAGAACAUACCUCCAAACUGAGGAUGCUCUUGCGCAAAUGGUUUACGCUCAGCAUUUGGAGAAUACGGAAUCAGCCGGAGACAACGCCAGUUCAUCUGAAGAGUGA